AUGGCCAGCGAGGAGCUGGCGAGCAAGCUGCAGCGGCGACUGCAGUGGGAGGAAGGGGAUAGAGGGCUCCAGCCCGCGCCCGGAGCCGCCCCAGACCCCGAGCCCCAGCCCCAGUCGCAGCCGCCCGCCUGGGCGCCCACCGCCAGAGCCGACGCCGAGCUGAGCGCCCAGCUGAACCGACGGCUGGACAUCAACGAGGGCGCGGCGCGGCCCCGCCGCUGCAAGGUCUUCCACCCAUACUCGGAAUUCCCGGAGUUCAGCCGCCGCCUCAUCAAGGACCUGGAGAGCAUGUUCAAACUGUAUGACGCUGGAAGGGAUGGCUUCAUUGACCUGAUGGAGCUGAAGCUGAUGAUGGAGAAGCUGGGGGCCCCCCAGACCCACCUGGGCCUGAAGAGCAUGAUCAAGGAGGUGGACGAGGACUUUGAUGGCAAACUCAGCUUCCGUGAGUUCCUGCUCAUAUUCCACAAGGCCGCCGUAGGAGAACUGCAGGAGGACAGCGGGCUGAUGGCACUGGCGAAGCUUUCUGAGAUCGAUGUUGCCCUGGAGGGCGUCAAAGGUGCCAAGGACUUCUUUGAAGCCAAGGUCCAAGCCUUGUCCUGUGCCAGCAGGUUUGAAGCGGAGCUAAAAGCAGAGCAAGAUGAACGGAAGCGGGAGGAAGAGAAGAGGAAGGUCCGCCAAGCAGCCUUCCAGGAACUCAAGGCCGCUUUCAGUGCUUAG